GGACGAUGGACGGGGGUCUUGUGGUCUUCGUCCUUCUCGUCUUCCUCCUCGUCACGUGACUCCGACUUUCUGUCACCGAGCUUGGCCGGAAAUCGGUGCUCGAACACCGUGUGUUGGGUCCAGAAGCGCCCCUGCCUGCCAAAGCGUACAGCUGCAAACAUGAACUUCCCCAGCUGGGGGCGCUGCUCGCCUGCCAGGCCGUCUCGAUGCGAUGCAGUGAACGUUCCCAUGUUGGCGCCAUUUUGGAGUGGCCAGGAGGGGGAAUCGGCUGCAGAGGAGACGGCGACCGAGCACAAUUCAACGCAAACAGGCAGUGAAGACCUCCAGAGGAUGGCUCACUCUAAAGCUCGAGCCACUGACGGGAAGGUCACCUACCCCCCGGGGGUGAAGGAGAUCUCCGACAAGAUCUCCAAGGAGGAGAUGGUCCGCAGACUUAAGAUGGUGGUGAAGACCUUCAUGGACAUGGACCAGGACUCUGAGGAGGAGAAGGAGCUUUACCUGAACCUGGCCCUGCAUCUGGCUUCGGACUUCUUCCUCAAGCACCCCGACAAGGACGUACGCCUGCUGGUGGCGUGCUGCCUGGCCGACAUCUUCCGCAUCUACGCUCCCGAGGCGCCUUACACCUCCCCCGACAAGCUCAAGGACAUUUUCAUGUUCAUCACCAGGCAGCUGAAAGGUCUGGAGGACACAAAAAGCGCUCAGUUCAACAGAUACUUCUACCUGCUGGAGAACAUCGCCUGGGUCAAGUCGUACAACAUCUGCUUUGAGCUGGAGGACAGCAACGAAAUAUUCACCCAGCUGUACCGCACGCUCUUCCAGGUCAUCAACAACGGCCACAACCAGAAGGUGCACAUGCACAUGGUGGACCUGAUGAGCUCCAUCAUCUGCGAAGGUGACACCGUGUCCCAGGAGCUUCUGGACACAGUCCUAGUCAACUUGGUGCCAGCGCACAAGAAUUUGAACAAGCAAGCAUAUGAUUUGGCCAAAGCUCUGCUGAAGAGGACGGCUCAGGCCAUCGAGCCUUACAUCACCAACUUCUUCAACCAGGUGCUGAUGCUGGGCAAGACGUCUGUGAGCGACCUGUCCGAGCAUGUGUUCGACUUGAUCCUGGAGCUCUACAACAUCGACAGCCAUCUGCUGCUCUCCGUGCUGCCGCAGCUAGAGUUCAAGCUCAAGAGUAAUGACAACGACGAGAGGCUGCAGGUGGUCAAGCUGCUGGCCAAGAUGUUCGGCGCCAAGGACUCCGAGUUGGCGUCGCAGAAUAAACCGCUGUGGCAGUGCUACCUGGGCAGGUUUAACGACAUCCACGUGCCCAUCAGACUGGAGUGUGUCAAGUUUGCCAGUCAUUGUCUCAUGAACCAUCCAGACCUGGCCAAAGACCUCACAGAAUUUUUGCGAGUGCGUUCACACGACCCGGAGGAGGCCAUUCGCCACGACGUCAUCGUCUCCAUCGUCACCGCCGCCAAGAAGGACCUCUCUCUGGUCAACGACGCCUUGCUCAAUUUUGUCAAAGAGCGCACUUUGGACAAGAGAUGGCGCGUACGGAAGGAGGCCAUGAUGGGCCUGGCGUCCAUCUACAGGAAGUACUCAUUGCAAGGCGAGGGCGGACGCGAGGCGUCCAAGCAGAUCUCGUGGAUCAAAGACAAGCUGCUGCACAUCUAUUACCAGAACAGUAUUGACGACAGGCUACUGGUGGAGCGUGUCUUUGCCCAGUACAUGGUUCCUCACAACCUUGAGACGGCAGAGAGGAUGAAGUGUCUUUAUUACCUCUACGCCACCUUGGACACCAACGCUGUCAAAGCUCUGAAUGAGAUGUGGAAGUGUCAGAAUCUGCUGAGGCACAAUGUCAAAGACCUGCUGGACCUGGUUAAGAAACCCAAGAGUGAAUCAUCCAGCAAGGCUGUUUUCGCCAAAGUCAUGGUUAUCACCAAGAACCUUCCCGACCCGGGAAAGGCUCAGGACUUUGUCAAGAAGCUGGCUCAGGUCCUGGAGGACGACGAGCGAAUCCGGGACCAGCUGGAGACGCUGGUCAGCCCCUCGUGCUCCUGCAAGCAGGCCGAUGUGUGCGUGCGAGACAUCACUAAGAAGCUGGGCAGUCCCAAGCAGCCCAGCAAUCCCUUCUUGGAGAUGGUCAAGUUCCUUUUGGAGAGAAUCGCUCCCGUGCACAUCGACACAGAGUCCAUCAGCGCUCUGAUCAAACAGGUCAACAAAUCCAUAGAAGGAACGGCUGACGACGACGAGGAGGGCGUUCCCACAGACAGCGCCAUCAGAGCCGGCCUGGAACUGCUCAAGGUGUUGUCCUUCACUCACCCGGUGUCCUUCCACUCGGCCGAAACCUUCGAGUCUCUGCUGGGCUGCCUAAAGAUGGACGACGAGAAGGUGGCCGAGGCGGCGCUGCAGAUCUUCAAGAACACGGGCAGCAGGAUGGAGGAGAGCUUCCCGCACAUAAAGUCUGUCUUGCUGCCAGUCCUGCAGGCCAAAGCCAAGCGGGGCCCGCCUCGCCAGGCCAAGUACGCCAUUCACUGUAUCAACGCCAUGUUCGCCAACAGAGACACGCACUUUGCACAGAUCUUUGAGCCGCUACACAAAGGUCUGGACCCAGCCAACCUGGAGCAGCUCAUCACCCCUCUGACCACACUAGGUCACCUGGCCCAGCUGGCCCCGGAGCAGUUUGCCGCCCCCCUCAAGUCCCUGGUGGCCAACUUCAUCGUGAAGGAUCUGCUCAUGAACGACAGGAUUCCAGGCAAGAAGACCACCAAACUUUGGGUUCCUGAUGAUGAAGUGUCUCCCGAGACCAUGGCCAAGAUCCAGGGCAUCAAGCUGAUGGUACGCUGGCUGCUGGGGGUGAAGAACAAUCAGAGCAAGUCGGGCAACUCCACGCUGCGUAUGUUGACGGCCAUCCUGCACAGCGACGGAGAUCUCACCGAGCAAGGAAAAAUGGGCAAACCUGACAUGUCGAGGCUUCGCCUGGCAGCCGCCUGCGCCCUGCUGAAGCUGGCUCAGGAGCCGUGUUACCAUGAGAUCAUCACGCUGGAGCAGUACCAGCUGUGCGCGCUCGUAAUCAACGACGAGUGCUACCAGGUGCGUCAGGGUUUCUCGCAGAAGCUGAACCGGGGCCUGUCCCGCCUGCGCCUGCCUCUGGAGUACAUGGCCGUGUUCGCCCUGUGCGCCAAGGACCCCGUCAAGGAGCGGCGGGCCCACGCGCGCCAGUACCUGGUCAAGAACGUCAACAUACGGCGCGAGUACCUCAAGCAGCACGCCGCCAUCAGCGACAAACUGUUCUCGCUGCUGCCCGAGUACGUGGUGCCGUACGCCAUCCACCUGCUGGCUCAUGACCCAGACUACGUCAAAGUGCAGGACAUUGAGCAACUCAAAGACAUCAAAGAAGCUCUGUGGUUCGUGCUGGAGAUCAUCAUGGCCAAGAAUGAGAACAACAGUCACGCCUUCAUCAGGAAAAUGGUGGAGAACAUCAAGCAGACAAAAGACGCGCAGUCGCCCGCCGACUCCAAAACCAAUGAGAAACUGUACACGGUGUGCGACGUGGCCAUGCACAUCAUCAUGUCCAAGAGCACCACCUACAGCCUGGAGUCGCCCAAAGACCCCGUGCUGCCCACCAGCUUAUUCACCAAGCCCGACAAGAAUUUUAGCAACACAAAAAAUUUUCUACCGCCCGAGAUGAAGUCGUUCUUCACGCCAGGAAAGCCCAAGUCCGCCAACGUCCUGGGCGCCAUCAACAAGCCGCUGUCGUCGGCCGGCAAGCAGAGCCAAAGCAAAGCGUCCCGCAUGGAGACGGCCAGCAACGAAGACUCCUCGUCCAAUCCCGGCUCGCCACAGCGCGGCAAGACAAGGCACGACAGCACUGAAAUAGACCACAGUGAAAACGAGGACUUAAGCAGAAAGCGAGCAGACAGCACCGACAAGGAGAGCGAGAAACCUCGCGGUCGCAAGCGCAGCGUAACGGCCGGCGAAGACGGGGACAGCAAACCCAAACGCGGUCGCAAGAAGGCCACGGCCGUCAACGCCGUCAUCGAGUCCGAGGACCAGUGGGGGGACGAGGACAACGGCCCCGAGGACGAGCAAAACAGUCCACCCAAGAAGGGACGCAGGGGGCGGCCCCCCAAGUCGGCUGCGCAGGCCAAUCAGGACGCCGCGCCCGCCAAAGGGAAGCGGGGGCGCAAGAAGGCGGCGCCUCCCCCCGAGGACGAGGAGGAAGAGGAAGAGGAGGAGCGGGUCGACGAGGAGGCGGAGGACGACGAGGAAGACGACGGCGCCGGGGCUGAGAACGUGGAAGUCAAGACCAGAGCGGGACGACAGGCCAGGACGCCCAGACGCUCGCAAAGCUCCGACGUGACCGAGUCGACGCCGCAGAAGAGGAGAGGACGACCGCCCAAAUCGGCUCAACCCCCCGCCAAGAAACCAACGCGCACCGGACGGUCGAAAGCGGCGGCCGCUAAAGACGACUCUGAGGACGAGGAGGAUGAGGAAGAACAGGAGGAGGAGCCUACACCCAAAGGUCGCAAGAAGGCGGCAGCCCGACGAAGAUGAGCCGGCGGGGGCAACAGAGAGCCAAGGAAUGAAAGUGUUUGAAAUCUGAAACAUGGACAAGCCACAUGAACCUUUUCCACUUUUCCUACGCGGUUGGCUGCCACUGUUACACCGCCCUCCACGUGCACACUACUACUUCCUACGUCCCGCUUCCGACUUCCUGCGUUCCCGCCGCCGUGUUGAUGUUGGCCAGGUGUGUUAGCUAGACGCUCACGUUCAACAUAAAAAGGAAGACGUGUGCUUGUAAAUAGUCUCUAUUUGUGCAUUUCAUGUGUUCAUGUUUGUCGUGUUGGAUGCUGACUGCAGGAGGCGCUCACCUUGUUAUUGUUAUUAUUAUUGUUAUUAUUAUUAAAAAAAGAAAAACUAAGUGUUCCUCCCAUCAUCACCCUUCCUCCUCCUCUUCCAAGAGAUUAUUCAUCUGUUUUUGUGCUGUCUCCUUUUAAACAUGAAUUUUUGUUUACAGCCUGUACAUUAAUAAGACCUUUUUUUACUGUGGAUUAAAAAAAUGCUCAAAGGUUAACUAGAA